AUGGCGGUUGCUCGAUACGAGUCAUUUCUCCUCAAGAAUGUCUCUACAAUAUCUUCACUUGAAUCAUCCCUGAGAUCCGUCACCUGGUUUCUACCAGGCCGAUUCAAGGAUGCUGAGCUGGCUUCGGAAGCACUUUCAACGCUGCUCAACGUAAUGAGCAUGUACCAUGACACGCUGCUUGCCAAGGUCGUGCGAAGUGAUCCCAAAUAUCACCCACUCAUCCCAACCUCACUUCAUUCGCGUUUCACAAGAGCAUGGACCGAAAAGAGCAACGUAUACAAAUGGAUUGCCCGGUCGCUAGAACUCAUUCGAUAUACGGAGCUGGUCAUUGAGAUGGGCUUGCGUCGGAAGGUGUCCUCACAGAACCGGUGGCGGAGUAUACUGUUCCUCGAGGCGAUCAAAGCUGUCCUACGGCUGCUUCUUUUACGGAUCACAAGGAAACCGUUAAUGUCGCCUCCAAUACCUGAACGAGACUUUGAUCCUACUGCAUUACCGCCUGCCUCAGCGUCUAAUGCCUCAUCUCCUACACUUGCGCCUUCAAGCCCUUCAUCUUCACCACCCGUAACACCGGACCAUCUCAAAAAUAACCAUACACCCUUGUCACCACAUCCGUUGCUGGUGUCUCCCCCACCCUCUCGAUCCCAAAACUCGGUCGAAGAUUAUCUCCUUCCCAAGGCGUUGACAUCCUCGUCAGUCAAGCCAUCUUUGUCUCUCGUCAGAACGCUCUCUGCGCCUCAGGAAUGGCUCUCAGAAAUUGUGUAUAUUUUGAGACCUCUUGUCUAUGCUACACUACUAUUCACUGACCGGCGUUCCAAUCGUGCACUGAUGACCGCAUUGGCUAUGGAACUAAUAUCCCGGAGCCUACGACGGACUCCACCAACCUCUGCUCAGCUCGAGCGUUCUGAAUACGGACGGAGAGACAAGGAUAUGCUUUGGUAUCUAUUGCGUGGUUCCAUUUGGGAGACCUAUACACGACCCAAGUUGGAAGCGGUAGCUGAGAAGACGUCUCACGCGCCCUUGCUGGGACUAUUCGGUGCUCUGAUGAAGGACUGGAUUCCCUUGAUCGAUGAGUAUUAUUACUAUACCGCACCUUAG